GUCAAGCAUUUCCUGUGCAGAGCCGAAGGGCCGCGUCCGAGGCCCCGGAGACAUCGCGGCGGGGCUCGCGCCGCGCCACCCGCCGCCCGGAAAGGUGGAUUACAACGUUUCAAAAUGCUGGAGGUUAUUUGGGUGAAUUUAGAGAUUACGUUUAAUGUGUCUGUGUCUUCAGAAAUUCUGCUCCUGCAUUUCAUGAGCUAAAAUAUCUUAUAAAGAUGAAGCUGGAUACCUUCGCUGAUCUCCACAUUAACCACGUCCUGUGAAUUCAGACAUCUUCUGAAGAAGGAGGAGAUUCAUCAGAUACGUGGCCUUCUGUUGUUGCCUAAGGAUACCCUUCUUUUUUUUUUUUUUUUCUUCUGAAAGACUAUCUGCACGAAGAUGGAUUUGCAUUUAGCAUACAGUCUGUGGAGUUAGAUGAGAGAGGACGCUGUUAAUGAAUGACCAACGUUUAUUUCCAUCAGUGUCUCCAGCUUUUUUUUAUUUUUUAUUUUUAACACAAAAAUGAAGGACAAGUAUAAAACAACAGAGCUGGUGUAUUUCUCUGAGGCCUUUAUGUAAGCCUCUAUUGUCCGGACCUGGUGCUAAAGGAAAGCAAUCUGCUUCUGAUCAUUUGAUUGUGGCUGUGGAAAGAGAACCUUUAAACUGAAGCAUCUUUCAGCUUCUGGCUUGCACAUAGUGAAAGGGAAAAUGAACACAUUUUACUGGUCAGGGGCAUUUUACUGAACGAAGAAAGGAAAAGUUAGAUUAUCCUUGUUUUAAUUUCAAACCAAGAACUGACCACAUUGUUCUUAGAAUUUGACUACUAGGGAGAUCUGGACAGUUUAAAUCAAGUCAGAUGUCAGCAAACGACUCUUCUCCCCCAUCCUUACAGAAGUUUUCCCCACCCACGUGUCAUGCUGCUGCACCACAAACCCCAAGUUUGUCUUCGAGUCCCCUGUCGGGGCUCUCCAGCCGCCUCUCCAAUGGCAGUUUCAGCACGCAGAGCCUCACCAACUCCCGGGGCUCUAUGCAUGGGGUCUCAUUCCUUCUGCAGAUCGGUCUCACGCGAGAGACUGUCACCAUUGAAGCUCAGGACCUGUCCCUCUCUGCUGUUAAAGACCUCGUGUGCUCUAUAGUUUACCAGAAGUUCCCAGAGUGUGGUUUCUUUGGCAUGUAUGACAAAAUUCUCCUCUUCCGGCAUGACCUGAACUCAGAUAAUAUUUUGCAACGGAUUACAUCAGCAGAAGAGAUACAUGAGGGUGAUCUUGUUGAGGUUGUUCUCUCUGCUUUGGCUACAGUUGAAGAUUUCCAAAUUCGUCCUCAUGCACUUUAUGUGCAUUCCUACAAGGCUCCAACUUUUUGUGACUACUGCGGAGAGAUGCUUUGGGGUUUGGUACGACAAGGACUGAAAUGUGAAGGUUGUGGAUUAAACUACCAUAAGCGGUGUGCCUUCAAGAUUCCAAAUAACUGUAGUGGAGUGAGAAAAAGGCGUCUAUCUAAUGUGUCUUUACCAGGAGCGGGACUUUCAGUUCCAAGACCAGCACAAGCUGAAUACACAUCCUCUGCUUCUGAAGAGCGCUGCUGCCCAGAACCUAGUAAAAGGAUUCCCUCCUGGAGUGGCCGUCCCAUCUGGAUGGAAAAGAUGGUGCUUUGCAGAGUGAAGGUUCCACACACCUUUGCUGUUCACUCUUAUACUCGUCCCACCAUAUGCCAGUAUUGCAAACGUCUGCUCAAGGGCCUUUUUCGUCAAGGAAUGCAAUGUAAAGAUUGCAGAUUCAAUUGUCACAAACGCUGUGCAUCUAAAGUACCUAAAGACUGUCUUGGAGAGGUGGUUUUCAAUGGAGAACCUGCUAGCCCAGGCCAGGAUUUGGACCUGCCAAUGGAGGUUGACAGCAGUGAAAUGAAUAGCGAUGGUAGUCGGGGUCUGGAUGAUACUGAGGAGUCUUCAACUCCGGAGGACAAAAUCUUUUUUAUGGAUCCAUCUGACCUUGAUACAGACAAAGAUGAAGAAGCUGUCAAAACCAUCAGUCCCUCAACAAGCAAUAACAUUCCUCUCAUGAGGGUUGUACAGUCCAUCAAGCAUACGAAGAGGAAGAGCAGUACGAUGGUGAAGGAAGGAUGGAUGGUCCACUAUACAAGUAGAGACAAUCUGAGGAAAAGACAUUACUGGAGACUGGACAGCAAAUGCCUCACACUGUUUCAAAAUGAAUCUGGAACAAAAUAUUACAAGGAGAUUCCACUUUCAGAAAUUCUCCAGGUGACUCAGCCUCGAGAUUUUUCAAACAUGGUGCAGGGCAGCAAUCCAUACUGUUUUGAGAUCAUCACUGACACGAUGGUGUACUUUGUUGGCGAAAACAAUGGCAGCAGUCACCACAGUCCUGUUCUUGCUGCCUCCGGAGUUGGACUUGACGUAGCUCAGGGCUGGGAGAAAGCCAUUCGUCAGGCCUUGAUGCCAGUCACACCUCAAGCUAGCGUUUGCACUGCUGCAGGACAAGGAAAAGAUCACAAAGAUUUAUCUCUGAGCAUCUCUGUUUCCAAUUGCCAAGUCCAGGAGAAUGUGGAUAUCAGCUCUGUGUACCAAAUAUUUGCAGAUGAAGUGCUGGGUUCUGGUCAGUUUGGUAUCGUAUAUGGAGGAAAACAUAGGAAGACUGGAAGAGACGUAGCUAUCAAAGUCAUUGACAAGAUGAGGUUUCCAACUAAGCAGGAAAGUCAGCUUCGUAAUGAAGUUGCCAUUCUCCAGAAUUUGCACCACCCUGGGAUUGUGAACCUGGAAUGUAUGUUUGAAACCCCGGAACGGGUCUUUGUUGUGAUGGAAAAGCUGCAUGGUGAUAUGCUAGAGAUGAUUCUUUCCAGUGAGAAAAGUCGACUUCCAGAACGAAUAACUAAGUUCAUGGUCACUCAGAUACUUGUUGCUCUGAGGAAUUUACACUUCAAGAAUAUUGUGCACUGUGAUUUAAAACCAGAAAAUGUACUACUAGCAUCAGCAGAGCCAUUCCCUCAAGUGAAGCUGUGUGAUUUUGGCUUUGCACGUAUCAUUGGUGAAAAAUCUUUCAGGCGCUCUGUGGUGGGGACACCUGCUUAUCUUGCCCCUGAAGUGCUCAGGAGUAAAGGUUACAACCGCUCCCUAGACAUGUGGUCAGUUGGAGUUAUUGUCUAUGUGAGCCUCAGUGGUACAUUCCCAUUUAACGAAGAUGAGGAUAUAAAUGAUCAGAUUCAAAAUGCAGCAUUUAUGUAUCCACCAAAUCCUUGGAAGGAAAUCUCUAGUGAAGCCAUUGAUUUAAUAAACAAUUUGCUUCAAGUCAAGAUGAGGAAACGCUUCAGUGUUGACAAAUCCCUUAGUCACCCGUGGUUACAGGAUUAUCAGACUUGGCUUGACCUCAGAGAAUUUGAAACGCGCAUUGGAGAGCGUUACAUUACCCAUGAGAGUGACGAUGCACGCUGGAAGGAACAUGCGUAUGAACACAACCUUGAAUACCCCCAGCAUUUCAUUAUGGCUCCGAAUCCAGAUGACAUGGAAGAGGACCCUUGAUUUAUUCAUGUUGCUAAACUGCAGCAAAGACUGACGCACCAGACAGAAACU